CAAGUACCGGAAGAGCCGCAGCGCACAUACGGAUACAGGGCGGGGAAUGACGACUGAGCGUGUUCGCCGGUCGAGGCUUGAUGACGUACCACACCAGUGCAGCAACACGAGGGCGAAUAGCUUGUUUAGAGAGAGAAGAAAUCUGUUAUUAUGGGAAAACAAAAGAAAACGAAGAAAUAUGCCACGAUGAAGCGGAUGAUUAGCCUGAGGGAUCAGAGAAUAAAUGAAAAGGACAGAGCCAAACCCCGAAAGAAAAUAAAGGAAGACACUUCUGCAAUAAAAGAAAGAGAAGUUACCAAGUACCCCUCCUGCCUCUUCUUCCAGUAUAACACCCAGCUGGGGCCCCCUUACCACAUCCUGGUUGAUACUAACUUCAUCAACUUUUCCAUUAAAGCAAAACUCGAUAUUGUGCAAUCCAUGAUGGACUGUCUGUAUGCUAAAUGCAUUCCAUGUAUCACAGACUGCGUAAUGGCUGAGAUUGAGAAACUAGGAAAGAAAUACAGAGUUGCACUCAGGAUAGCCAAAGAUCCUCGGUUUGAGCGCUUGCCGUGCACGCACAAAGGGACGUAUGCUGACGACUGUUUAGUCCAAAGGGUCACACAGCACAAGUGUUACAUCAUAGCCACAGUCGACAGAGAUUUAAAAAGAAGAAUUCGCAAAAUCCCAGGCGUCCCUAUUAUGUACAUCUCUAACCACAGGUAUAAUAUUGAAAGAAUGCCAGAUGAUUACGGUGCUCCAAGAUUCUAACUGAUGUUGUAUCGCCUGGGAGAGAAAUAAAAACAGCAGGGACUGACAAACUGCUUGACUGCUGUUGCAGGUUGAUUUUUCACCACAACCAAAAGCUUAAUCACACUUUCCCCCAGAAUAAGGUGAAGAAUGGCAGAAUUAUCUUUGACAGAACAUUUUUUAUGUAUGGUAUUUACAGUACAAAGAAAGAAAAUCACUUAGGAUUCACUUUGUGUCCACAUUGCCAGAUAUUUGUGUCUUAAGUUUUGCUGGAAUCUUGCUGAAGUCUUGAACAUUUAACAAAAAGAGUGAAAGGUCAUUUAAGUUGCUACUUUGUGACUAAACUUUUUCUUUGAAAGUUUCUUUACAUUAUCUGCGGAACCAAUGAUCACCUGCUUUUGAAAAUGAGGACCCUUAACUACAGUAGUGUUUAGCAUUGCAUUAAUUGUAUUAAAACAUGUUUUGUAAUAACAAAGGGUUUCUGUUUGAAAUAAAGAAAAUAAGAAUUA